CCGCAGUUACUGCAGACUUACAAUUACAACUGAAGAAUUCUUUCCUUUAAGGAAAUCAAAGAUGUCUGUAGUUGAAGGAAGACUAGAAACAUUACAAAUAUACAAAGUUCUUCAAUGUAUUAGAGAGGAGGACAAAGCACAGAUAGAAAAGCUUACGAAACUUGGAAUACCUAACCUUAUAAACCACACUGAGCCAUGUAAUGGAGAAGGAGCUUUGCACUUGGCUGCUGUAGCAAAUAAUGUUGAUAUGUGCAAAUUUCUGCUUAGUUUAGGAGCCCACCCAGAUAUUCAGGACAUUAAAGGUCGUACUCCUGCAAUGAAAGCAACAGAAUUAGGGCAUGAUCUAGUACUGGCAGUUCUUGCACAGGCACAGGCUAGCAUGACCAUUGUUGACAAGAAUGGAAAAGGAAUUCUUUUCUACUGCAUUUCACCCACAAAGAGACACUUACGUUGCCUCGAUAUUGUUCUAGAGCAUGGAGCUGAUGUGAAUAAUUGUACUGCAAAUGGAAUUCCAAUUCUUCUGGCGGCCUGCGAGUGCGCACAGGAGUGUAAAGAAAUGUGUCUGAAAUUAUUGCAACGGGGAGCAAAUCCCAGUGCAAUGAAUCCAUCAACAGGGCGGACUGCUCUAAUGGAGGCGGCAAGGGAAGGUGCCAUAGAAGUUGUACGAAGCAUCCUGAGCCGAGGAGGAGAUGUAAAUGUUUUUGAUCGGGAACGAUAUCAUGCAGUGCAUUUUGCUGCAAAAGGUGGAUUUCUGGAGGUGUUGAAGAUUCUGUCUGCAUACAGGGGAGACAUCGCCAUUAUUGCUAUGGAUGGGAACACAGCCCUUCACCUAGCUGCAUAUGGAGGAUUUGCAGAUUGUUGCAAGUUUUUAGGACAAAGAGGCUGCAAUCCUACAUGGAAAAACUUAAAAACACUAACAGCCAAAGCUGUUGCCAAAGAAGGUGGCUUCAAAGCAGCUAUGAAGGAAAUAGGCAAAGCAACACGGCUUUUUAAUAAAUAUUCCAAGCAAGGAGCCAAAAAUCCCAAUGCUCCCUGGGCAAUAACCCUACACGACUGGUCGUACGAAAAACAAGCAGAGCUUCGAGAAUCAUUUAAGAUGUUUGACAAAGAAGAUGGAACGAUUUCAAAAGAAGAUUUUACAGCAGUCCUCCAAGAAAAAGGUGCCCCGGUUACUGCGGAGCAGUUGCAAAAUGUUAUACAACUUCAUGAGAAGGGAAGGUCAGGACUUAUAAAUAUAGAAGAAUUUCUAAAAGGUUCCAAAUACUUACAAAAAACAUUUUUAUUAUCUUCAUAUCUGCCCAAAAAGAAAAAGGGCAAAAAAGGGAAAAAGGGGAAAAAAAGCAAGCUUUCCUUACCCAUGCCAAUAUGUACCAUGCCAAGCGAUUUAAUAUUCCGUCGUGAAGAUGGUGGUCCUCCUAAUUUUAUGAUUGAAUCUUUUCAUAAUAUAACAGAUGCCAAUCGAUUUGACCGAGAUUAUCCUCCUCAAAAUCCUAUAACGGAUGACACGGCAUGGUACAUGGAUGAACUAGAGAAAGUUUUUACUCAUAUAGGUUCUGCCAUCAAAGCUGGAGAUAUGGAAUCCCUAAAACAAGCAUUGGAAACCGGUGUGCCAGUAGACGUGAAAGAUAUUUUUUAUAAAACACCCCUUAUGUCUGCCUGCGCUUAUGGGAACGUAGAGGUUGUCAAAUUUCUUGUAGAAAAAGGUGCUAAUGUCAAUGAAACCGAUAAUUUUCUGUGGACUCCCCUGCACCAUGCUUGCCAUGCUGGCCAAGAAGACAUUGUAGAUCUACUGGUAAAAAGUGGCGCUAAAAUAGACGCUGUUGGCAUAAAUGGAUCAACCCCAUUAAUGAGAGCAGUAGAAAGCUGCAGCUUAACUUGUGUUCAGUAUUUAGUAAAUGCCGGAGCCAAAGUACAAAUUGAAAACAAAAAAGGACAGAAUGUAUUAGAUAUCGCCAAAGCUUAUGCAGACUACAGACUUAUAGAUCUUCUUGAAGCCAAACUUAAUAGUUUGCCAAAAACUGACAAGAAAGGCAAGCAGAAAGCAAAGAAGAAAGGGAAAGCCAAAACUGUGCCGAAACCCAAGCCAACGGAGGCAGCUGAAACAAUCCACGUAAAAGAAGAGGUUUUAGAAGACAAAGAGAAAAGGGAGAAAAAGAGCAGUGUUGUGCACCUAAGCAAUAUUACUGUGGGAACUACAAAAAAGUUUGACAUAACAUUUGUUCCUAAAUCGGCCUGGAUCCAGGAACCGAACACAGCAGAUAUAAUAAGGAAGAGACAACUGCAGCGUGAACGGUUUACCUAUGAAGUGGACUUUGAAAACUUUAAGAUGCCUUUUAGCAAGAACUUAUUGGAGAAGACUUUGACGUUGGAAAGCCCUAAUCCUUUUUGUAUUUGAACAGGGAAAUAAAAAAGUAAAAAGAUUGAAAAUUUGUAUGGGGGCGCCCUUGUGUCACCAUCAGUAUUAAAUACCUCUAAAUGUGGUUAUUCUAAUAUAUAUCAAUAGAAUGAUAGGAGUAUUUACUGGUAUUAGAUCCUAUUCUGUGGUUACUAGUGUGUGGUACACACAUUCAAUAAUAAACAGGGAGAUUAUUCAAAUCACACACUAUAAAAUAUAAGAUGAAGUAAUAAAUCAGAUAUUAUGCACAUAUGUAUAGGAAAAAUAGUUGUUAAUAAUAAUAAAUGUUUAUGAGUGGA